AGCUGCAUAAGGCAAUAAAAGAUUUCGGUUCAAUGAAAAUGUUUUUAGUUCGCAUCACUGGCUUGCUACACGAUUAUCAAAUUCAUUAACUUCAAUAUUUUGAAUAGCAAUGUUUUCACACACCAAUAGAUUUUGGAAUUUUGAUAAUAAUCCGUGCGGAUUGAUUUGGAUAAACGACACGAACCACAAACAAAUUCCCAUACCUCUGAAAUCUGUGUCGAUCACUGCAUCAGUGGUCCAUGCGGUGGCGCAAGUGGAAAUUACACAAGUUUAUGAAAACAGCGAAAAUAACCCAAUAGAAGCGAGUUACAUCUUCCCAGUGGAUUCUAAUGGAGCCGUCACACAUUUUCAGGCAGAGUUGGACGGAAAAGUUAUCAAGGGAGUAGUAAAGACGACAGAAGAUGCGAAAAGGGAUUAUGAAGCCGCAAUUAAGCAGCAAAAAACUGCGUUCCUUGGAGAAGAAACUAAACCAGAUGUUUUUCAUUUGAAAAUUGGAUUCUUGAAACCAGGAGCCUUGGCUAAAGUUGUGAUUGGCUAUGUCACGGAAGUCAAAAACGACGCGGAUAGCCAUGCCAUUCGAUUUGUGAUUCCAACCACCGUGGCCCCAAGAUACGUCCCACCCAGUGACCAUGACCAGAAGAGUGACGAUUUGGCCAAUAUGACAUUCUCUUCAACUUCACCGGCUCCUCUGAACAUCAAAGUCGUGGCAUGCAUUCAGGGCGAGAUCAAGUCCGCGGACAGCUUGUCUUCCCACAAAAUCCUAGUCAAAAGCAAAGGAACAAUUCCAGAACAGCCGGGUUGGAAUAAAGCUGUGGUGACGCUUGUUGGCAAUGUGACUGAAAUGGAUCGCGAUUUUGUCUUGUUGGUGACUCCGUUGGAGGCUGUCAUGAAACCGAGAGUAUAUUACGAGAUUUUGGAAAACGGUUCCCUGGCCGCAAUGACGCAUCUAAUUCCAAGCUUCGCUCUUAAAGAGGAGAAAGUGGAAUUGAUCAUUGUCGUGGAUCGAUCUGGAUCAAUGGGUGGUCAGAGUAUUCGGAUGGCCAGUGCUGCGCUGCAGCUCUUCUUGCACUCUCUCCCGACUGAUUGCUAUUUCAACGUUGUCGGGUUCGGUUCGAGCUAUGAAGUUCAGUUUAAGGAAGGAAGUGCAAAGUAUGGACCGGAGAGUUUGCAUUAUGCAGUGAAUAGUGCUAAAUGCAUUUCUGCAAAUUUAGGAGGGACUGAAAUACUUGAACCUUUGCAGCACAUUUAUUCAAGACCAUCGAUUCCUGGAUAUUUGCGACAAAUUUUUGUCAUUACAGAUGGUCAGGUGUCAAACACUGAGCAAGUAAUAUCCCUCGUCCAACAGAAUGCUCACAACAGUCGCCUGUUUGCACUCGGGAUUGGAGCCUCCUCGUCUCGCCACUUGGUUGAAGGGAUGGCGACUGCGGGUGGAGGGACCUGUGCCUUUGUCGAGGGGGACGCAAGUAUCCAGAAGGCGACGCUGAGUCAACUAAAAAAUGCUUUACAACCAUCCCUGACGGACAUAAAAAUUGAAUGGAUGGGAAUUCGAAACCCACAAAGAGUAGAACUUAACACGGAAAAGACACUUUUUGGCUACAACAAGCCAGUUGAGCCGGAAGUGAAAGGAAGCAAGUUUUCACAGUCUCCCAAGAACAUUCCGCCAAUCUUUGACGGAAGUCAACUGGUCGUCUUUGGCAUUUUCCCACCCGGUCAAGACAGACCCUCCGGAGUUAAGCUAACUGCCAAUUCCCCCGAUGGUCCGUUGACUUUGAACAUUGCUAUGAAUGAAACGAACCUUCUUGGAAGCACGCAAAUGCUCCACAAACUGGCAGUGAUAAAACUGAUACGCGAAUUGGAAAUCGAGGGGACCAUGACGGCCAGUGCGAUUAAAGAUGAAAUAGUCGCCCUUGGAGUUGAACAUGGAAUCACGUCGAAAUACACUUCCUACAUUUCUGUUGACGACUUAGCUCCAACAGAAUUACAUUUUGGACCAAUGCAAUUUCGGCAGAUUCGUCCUCAGUCACUUCACUACCCUGUGGCGUUUGACGUGCCAAGUUCUUGUAGAAGGAAAAUGGCAAGAAGAUGCUCCCCUACCGAGGACGUGUGCGAUGGCCCGAGUGACAGGAAACAUCACUAUGCCUAUAAGUCAAAUAGUUCACUUAAAUUACAAGCAGAUUCCAAACUUAUUAAAAAUGCAUCAUCAUCUGCCACGUUCAACUCCUCUGUAUUUAUGGAAUCAAACAGUGACGAUGAAAACGAUGAAACAUCUUCGUCACCUCCGACCACUCGAGCACAAAGGGUGCUUAGCAUCGUUAACCUUCAAAGCUUUGACGGAUCAUUUCAAUUAACCCAAGAUUUAUGCAAAUUAAUAUGUUUGUCGUAUGAAGAAAUGAAGGCUGAAGCUUCCAAACAAGGAUGGAAUACUGCUGUUUGGGCUACAACGCUGGCUAUUUCUUGUCUGAUAAUGACUGACCUAAAAGAUGAAAAAGACUCGUGGGAUCUGGUUGUUAAGAAAGCCGAGAAAUGGAUAUCCCAGACUUGUCGUGAUACCACUGCUUUGCAAGUAAUCAAAGAAUCAGCUAUUGCAUUCUACAUCAAAAGUGGAAUGCUAGCCAAUUAAAUACACCAGUAUUAACUCCGAUUAACUAAACCUUCUCAUAAUUUUGUUUAUGUAUUUUUAUUUAUUAUUAUUCAAUUUUAUUUAUUUUUAUUUAUUAUAUUCAUAUAAUUUUUAUUUUAUUUUUAAACUUCGAUAUUAUAAGGCACAGCAAUACAAAAGUUUAAUAGAACCAGACAUUCCUAUUGCUGUACAUAAAAUAUGUAUGUAAAAAGUUUUAUACGAGUACACCAUAUGUUUUUACGAAUUAAUUAAGACUGCUACUAGUAAUAAUUUUCGUUACCAUUAAUUUAUGUUCAAAAUGAAAUUCUUGGUGCUGUUAAAUUGUUGGUGCUAAUAAAUUUAAUAAAUAAGUUAAUAAAUUUCUA